GCUUGUGGGAGUAGCAUCUCCAGUUUCAAUUCGCCCAAUGAAUAAGUUGCUGGUUGAGUGAGAGCUGAAGAUCUACCUGCAUAGACAUCGCUGUAAGUUAAUGAGUAGGUGAGAGAUCUGUUGUCCUGAAGAUGGAAACCACUGACCUGGUCGAGAAAGCGAAGCUUGCCGAGCAGGCUGAGCGCUACGAUGACAUGGCCGCCUCGAUGAAAGCCGUCACGGAGAAAGGCGAUGAACUCUCAAACGAGGAACGGAACCUGCUCUCUGUUGCCUACAAGAACGUAGUUGGAGCCCGUCGAUCGUCCUGGCGGGUCAUCUCCAGCAUAGAGCAGAAAUCCGAAGGCAGUGAAAGGAAGCAGCAAAUGGCAAAAAGUUACCGAGAGAGGAUCGAGAAAGAGCUGCAGGACAUCUGCAACGAUGUGUUGGGGCUUCUGGAUAAGUACCUUAUCGCCACAACAACCCAGGCUACCAGCAAGGUUUUCUAUCUGAAAAUGAAGGGAGAUUACUACAGAUACCUCUCUGAGGUUGCAAAUGGGGACAAGAAGAAAGCUACGGUGGAAAACUCCCAGCAGGCGUAUCAGGAGGCAUUUGACAUCAGUAAGGACAAAAUGGAACCGACACAUCCCAUCCGACUUGGCCUGGCUCUCAACUUCUCCGUGUUCUAUUAUGAGAUCCUGAAUUCUCCAGAGAAGGCGUGCCAGCUGGCAAAGUCAGCAUUCGAUGAUGCAAUUGCUGAAUUGGACAAGUUGGCUGACGAUUCAUACAAAGACAGCACCUUGAUUAUGCAGUUACUUCGGGACAAUUUAACUUUAUGGACAUCAGACAGCCAGGGAGAUGAAGGGGAUGCUGGCGAUGGGCAGAACUAAACUAUCUGUUACACUUGCGACUUAUUCAUUAAUUUACUUUCACCUGCUCCUGUCUGACCAAACUGCCCCACCAUUCCCUCUCUCCUGCCCCUACUCCUCUCUGACAUUUUUUUCAAGGCAAUGCAUACUAUUUCUUUGACUCCAGGAUCACCUGCACAGAGCUUCACACCAGCAUGCUGUAUUCUGAUGUGCUGACAAAACACUGGACUGAAAGAGCCUAACACCAGGGGUAGCUCUUAGCUGCCCUGCCUGUAAUUGUUGGUUUGACUUGACUGGAUAUCAUGGUGUAAAACCAACUGGCAAACGGUUCCGAAUUUCUUCGGGCACCUAUCCUGGCCUGUCGUCCUACUGGGGUGGGGGGUGGCAGGGAGAAGAUGUGGGGAGGGAAGAGAGUGGAAUGUGCAAGAAUUGUAUUCCACGAGCACUGCUUGGUGAGGGACUUGCUGCUUGUUAAAUUAAUCGAUCCUGGAAGGCAGGGGGCUUCUUUGAUUGUUCCUGCUUUGCGACUUGACCCUCCUAAAUAGGCCUGUCCUUUUGCCCAAGUGCGCACUCCCACCGGCAAGUGGCAUCUCCUGCACCCUCCUGCCCUGCUUAGUGAGGCACACACAUGGAGGUACAGUGACGAUAGAUGUGUCUGUGGGGAAGACUAAGGGACUGCCCCAGUUUUGUGGUGGCCCCAUGUGGUUCUUCUCCAGUAAUCAUGGGAGUCUAUAGGGAAGAAAAUGCUGGCGGUCUCCUUUAUUUCAGGCAGCCUUGAUAUUGGGGCCACCUUUUAAACAAUUGGAAGGCUGAUUUUGUCGGUGUUUGACCUGCAGGUGUUGGUGACGUUCUGUCAAAACAGGUUCACCCCCCCCCCCCCCCCCCCCGCCUUCUCUUUCCCCUCACACAAGUCAUUGGAGCACACUGACCAAGUUCUGGCUGUGUUUAUGUUCUGUUCCUGGCUUGUGGAGAUUGACUGUAGUGCCCGAUUAGCUCUGCUGUCUCUGUUCACUCUGCUCUGGGUUCCCCAUGCUCCCUUCCUCCUCUGCACAACCCCACCCCUGGCCUCGCCCACACCCACCCCGCUAUCCCCAAACCAAGAUGGGACUGUAACAAUUUGCACCAUUGCAGCAACUUGUGCUAUUCUUCCUUGUCUUGCAUUCACAUCCAGCCGACUUUUCCUAGAAUUUUGGAUUUUUUUACUUGCACAAAUCUCAAUCACGUGGUGUAAUAACUGGUACCUUCAGCAACUCCCUUCUCCCCCCCAAUCCUGUUUUAAUUUUAAUCGGUAUUUGAAUAAAUGCUUUUGCUAUAUUGGUACUAAACUGUUUCUUCAGAUUUAUCACACAAACCUAGACCUUUCCCUACAACUUUCUGCUCUUGAUACUGUGGACUAUCUUGGGCCAGUGGGAGAAGCCGCAUGAUGCUGUUUCAGUUAGCAGCUCCUGAGUAGCGCUGCUUUUAAAGGUUCCCCAAAAUUAGAACCACAGGUAUGGAAAAGUGUACGGAUUCUAUUGAUGCAGUCCAAAUCAAUUUCAUCCUCUUUCAGCCUACUUAAAAUACUAUCUGUGCCUAAUUGUGAAUUUCGGCAGAACCACUGAAAUUGACUUAAUCUUUCCCAGUGGUAUCCUAAAUAAUGAGCUCACUCCCAGCUGGUAAGCUGCACAGUCUAGCAGUGUAGUCCUGCAGGUUUUGCGCAGGGACUGAGUGGUCUGAUAGAUCUCUGUUAACACGGCUGCUAAUGUGCACAGCAGGGAAAAAGCUGACAUCCUGAGUGGGGGGGGAAAGUGCUGGGCGGAAAUGGACAAAUUGGUCAGUGUCCUAAUGCGUUUCCUGUUGUGUUUUUUUUUUUAGUUACAUUCCACAGAUGUGCAUCUCCAUUUGUCCUUACAAGUCUGUUUGUCCACUGGAGAACUCACUGUGCACUGAAAUAAUAAAUUCAAUCACUUCUGACUGAACAAACAUGCAGUUGAACUCUAGGUGACCUCUGGUAGUGAGUGUGGAGCGGAUUCCCAACUUGUGUCCGUAUAUCUCAUAGCUCCCUUCCUGCUUUGUUUUUACUGACCAGUAUUCUGCCUCCAGUCGCUUCUGUGACCGUUGUAGCACGCACGUGAUUGUGUAACAGUAGUGCGAAACAUAUUAAAAAGGAACUUUUUUGAUGUACGAAUAGAGUUGUGUAAGUCUUUUAAAUGGACUGUGGGAAGAUAAAUUCGGAACAUGUACACGACAGUUCAAUAAGAAAAUAAAGGUUCUAUCAAGUAA